AUGCAACAGGACCAGACCACGCUGGCAGACGUGGAGGCGACUCUGCAGCCGUACGUGGGCGGCCUGCGGCUGCUGGGCCAGUGGUCGCUGCCCGGUGGCGGCCGGCGCCUGGCCACGCUGUGCGCCGUGCUGCUGGCACACGGCCUCCUCAUAACCACCUCCUGCCUCAACCUCCUCAUGGACCCCCCGCGGGACCUGCAGGUGCUCACCGUCAACGCACACUCCACGCUCACCAUACUGGGCCUCGCUGUCAAGGUGGUGUCGUUCUCGCUGGACGGGGCGCGCCUGCGAAAACUGCUGCAGCUCCUGGGGGAGGCGCACGCAGCCUUCCCGGACUCGGCGGCUAGGCGGCGCCGCUACGGCGACGUCGGGUUCCGCCUCUACAUCUUCCUGCAGGUGUCGCACGUGGUUUGCUACAUCUCGUGGGGCAUGGCGCCGCUACUCAGCUCUGCUGUGGCCCCAGCGACCAAUGGCAGCUCCUACGAGAACCGGGGCCUCCCCGUGGCCGCGUGGUUACCGGGAGUGGACGUGAGGGCCUCCCCCACCUACGAGGUAGUCUACGGCCUGCAGCUGUUGUUCACCACCCUGACCACGCAGUCCACAGUCUUUCUGGACAGCACUCUGCUGGCACUCAUGCUGCACCUCACUGCAGAGCUGGAGGUCCUCAACGACAACAUGGCUGCAGUCCAAGUAUCUGCUGAGGUGGCAAUAAACAGUUAUCGACACGGCGAUGAUGGUGACACCAAAACAAGUAAAAUGAACAGACAGAUCAAAACAAGUGGAGAUGGCAGCACAGAGGAGCAGAUGUAUGAGAAGAUAGUGGAAAAUAUCAGACACCAUCAAAUAACUAUAGCUUCACUCGUUUGGGUUGCUGUGCAGAGCGAGCGCCUGGUGCACUCGGCCUUCAGCUGUGGCUGGCCGGACGGCGACGGGCGCUGCAAGCAGCUGCUGCUCGUCUUCUGCCUGCGUUCUUGCAGAGCCGCCAGCCUCAAGGUCGGCCUGCUCUACCCGCUGUCCAAGGAGAUGGUCAUCCAGGUGCUGAACACUUCGUACACGCUGUUCAAUUUCCUGUACCACACGGAGCGUGCGAGAGCGUCACUGGAUUGA